AUGACUGUCGACCAUGAACCCCCUUCGGCCGAGCUGUGGCGGCACCCGGAUCCAGCCUCAACCCGCAUGCACGCCUUUCUCGAGCACGUGAGAGACAAAUACCACCUUGACAUUGAUAACUACCCGGGCCUCUAUAAAUGGUCCAUCGACCAUGUUGCUGAUUUCUGGCACGAGGUCUGGCACUUUUGCGGCAUCAAGGCGUCCAGGCCUUACACAGAGGUUUUGCCACCCAACGCGCGUGUGUUUCCCAGGCCGGAUUUCUUCUCUGGGGCACUUCUGAACUUCGCCGAGAAUCUGUUGUACCCGGCCAACGACAACAUUUCAGAGUCUGCGACUGCCGUCGUGACGGCGACCGAGGUCGAGGGCCAAGUUGUGUCCACGACCUGGGCCGAACUGCGCGAGGAUGUGAGCCGUUGCUCGAAUGCGCUGAGAGCGGCAGGCGUAAAGCCCCGGGAUGUCGUUGCCGGCUUCGUGUCGAACCACACCCAGGCGCUUGUGGCCAUGCUAUCGGCUGCCGCGAUAGGGGCUAUCUGGACCGGUAUCAGCCCCGACAAUGGCGUCAGCGCGGUUCUAGACCGUCUGGUUCAAAUAGAGCCCAAGGUCCUGUUUGCCGACAACGGCGUUGUGUAUAACGGCAAGCCAUGGUCUAGUACGGACAAGAAUGUGCAGAUUGUCGACGAGUUGAAGCCCAGGGGUCUCAAGUCGGUCAUCGUCAUAAACAAUCUCGCGGCUUCUGACUUGGGUUUAGAGCAGCUGAAUUCGAGAGGCCUGUCAGCAAGCGAGUUUAAUGACUUCUUGAGCAGCGCCGACGACGGACCUCUCAGGUUCAAGCAGCUUCCCCCUUCUCAUCCUCUCUACGUCCUCUAUUCUUCAGGCACGACAGGCCUACCAAAGGCUAUCAUCCACACAGCCCUAGGGACGCUGAUCCAGCACAAGAAAGAACACGUCCUGCAUUGCUCCAUGGACUCGACAUCUCGUAUGUUGUACUAUACCACAACAUCGUGGAUGAUGUGGCACUGGAGCGUAUCGGCACUGGCUUGCGGCACUACGCUAAUCCUCUAUUCCGGCUCGCCCUUCAAGCCCCACGGCUACCUCUCUCUUCCCAGGCUACUGGCAUCGCAAAAAGUGACUCACUUUGGCACCUCGGCCGCGUACUUGACAGCACUCGAAACGAAUAGCGUCUACCCUUCCAAGUCCCUAGACCUUUCCCAUCUCCAAGCCAUCUACUCGACGGCCUCGCCUCUGCCGCCAUCAACCUUCUCUUUCGUGUACAAGGCCUUCCCAUCGCAUAUCAACCUGGCCUCCAUCACAGGCGGAACCGACAUCAUCUCCCUGUUUGGAGCCCCUUGUCCCCUGCUCCCCGUAUACGUGGGGGAAAUCCAGUGUGCCGGGCUUGGAAUGGCCAUCAGCGUGGUAGACUCCAUUAGCGGUGAAGCCACGCCAGGGGAGGACGGCGAGCUGGUGUGCACGAAACCAUUUCCAUGCCAGCCGCUGACGUUCUGGGGACCUGGGGGUGAUGAUAAGUAUCGCGCCAGCUAUUUUCAGCGCUUCGACAACGUUUGGCACCAUGGGGAUUUUGUGCGUAUAGACGUCAAGACGGGUGGAUUGACGAUGCUCGGCCGAAGUGACGGGGUAUUAAAACCAGCAGGCGUACGGUUUGGCAGCGCUGAGAUCUACAAUGUACUGACCAAGUUCUUUGGCGGGGAGAUCGAAGAUGCCGUCUGCGUAGGCCGGCGGCGCGAGUCGGACCGCGACGAGGUUGUCUGCUUGUUCGUAGUCAUGUGCGAGGGAGCCAAGUUUACCGACGACCUUCGGGCGAGGAUCCAGCAGACGAUCCGAAAGGAGUUGAGCCCGAGACACGUUCCAGCUGUGAUAGGAGAGUGCGGAGGGGGCAUCCCCAAGACGGGCAACGGGAAGAAGAUCGAGGUCGCUGUGAAGCAGAUCCUCUCCGGUAUCAACAUCAAGACCAAUGCGAGCGUAGCAAACCCCGAGGCACUGGCUUGGUUUACGGAAUGGGCAGCUCGUCAUGGUUGA